ACAUUUACGAAAACUGAUAAGCUCCAAAUUUGAAAACAUUGGAGAGAGAUGAAGGAAAUUCAAAUUCCCAGGAAAAACUUCGCGCGCUCAUCAGAUCUCGGAGCUAAGAGACUCAAGGAUCCUGAGAUGAAGAAUCGAAAGGUUACGACGGAGAAGAGGCAGAGCGCAACAUUUUCCGAUGUAUCUUUUGAAAGCACGAAGGAUUCAAUGGAUUUUACUCCGAUCUCUCAGAUUUCUGGUCCGAUCUCUGAUUCCGAGGCUGAGAGUAUUAUUAUGCAAGGAUCGAGCCCAGACUUAUUGUCAACGCCUAAAAUUUCUCUUCCGGCUGAUGAUUCUCCAGUUUCAACCAUUACUAGUGUGGAGGCUCGUAUUGACUCUUUUUCUACUGAUCGGAUCCAGUCGAUUGUGGACUUACCUGCUUCUGUGCAGUCCUUGCGUGCGGAGAUCAAUGAGCUGAAAAAACUGAUCUGUUCAGUUGAAAAUUCUGAAGAAAUUAACUGGGUCGAUGGAGUUGUUACUGUGAAAUUCCGCAUUGUGCUUUUGAGUUUCAUCCUUUGGGCUAUCUUAGCUGCGAUUGUGGUCUUCUUCAGCUCAGGAGAGGAAGUUGCUUACCGUGGACUACUUCCAACAUGAUUCUGCAAGGUAAUUUACUUUAGGUUUCUUAACUUUGCUACAUUGAUUCUGGUUUCCUUUUCAUAGGAUGAUAACUUGCAUAGGAUUGGGGUUGUAUACUGAUUUGCCUUUGAUAACACGUUUAUCCUGCUUGUCAUUUCAUGUUGCAUCUGUGCAGCGCUAAUGAAGGUCCCAGCUGUUU